AAAAAAAAAACGGAGACAGAUAAUUUUCUAAUCAAAUUUUUCCUUCAAAUAUUUUUCUUCUUCAAACAAAAUUUCCUCCUCAAUGUAACAUCAAAUUUUAGACCAAAAACAUACAACAAAAAUUAGCAAAUUUUCAAAAUUGAAAAAAGUGCGGGUACGGCGUGCGGGUAGUAACGGCGAGCAGCGGCAACCAGAAUCUCCACUUGUGUCAGUUUAAUAUGUAAAAAGUGUUUUUUGUAGACCCAAUUAACGGCAAGAAAUUUACGUCCAUACUAACCGAGUGUCCUGUUGGUCGUCUGGCUGUCAUGGCGGUGCUGGAACGCAAUGGCAACUUGAAUAUCUGGUGGUUCCCCAAGGAGUUCAGUCAGUCGCGCUACGGUGAAUACCAUCACAGCGGCACCAAUUCGUGCACUCUAAUCACACUCAUCCUGGCCGAUAUGGUUGCGAAAGAAGGACGUGGUUUCUAUUGCCAACGCAUGCAAGAUGUACCGCCGCGUGCUGUCGAUAUCUUUGCCGAAGCAAUCAAUAAAGGCAACCAUGCUUAUGCACAUCUCAUCACGCCAACCCAGCCGUCUCACGAAACUGCAGUGUCCGUAGCAACGACGUCGACCAAUCAAAAUCUUAACAUACCGGACGCAUUGACUGUGCUAAAAAGCCAACCGCACUUUCGUCUGAAGGAAUGGUUCUUUACGCACAUGCAAGCCGAUCCGGAGCGUGAGUCGUGCCGCACGAUAGCGUUGCGUCUGCUACAGGCUGUGAAUACCGGCCUGCAGCAGUUUCGUCAGGCAGGCAAGGCGAACGAGCAUUUCCUUUUCGCCGCAAUGAUUUCCGACAAUCGGACUGUGCUCUUCGUCAUCGAGCUUCCACGCAAUAUUGUCACCUUCUUCGAUUCACAUCAGCAUGGACGUGACGCGGGUGCUGUGGUCUCGCAAUGCAGCAUUCGCGACAUGUACGACAUGAUGAAUUGGUUUGUGAAUAUGAAUCACGAUAUCUACUCGAGUACGCCGCACAUUUACGAGGUCUCAUUUCUACUACCCGAUCCCUCGGGUCUGCCGACACCCACCAAGGGUGAAAAAUGCGAGGUGUCGCAGUUGAAGCACAGCUUGCCGUUGGCGAAGAAAAUGCAAAAGAAGUGAAAAAAGUAGUCGAAAUGUUGUGCUUUCUCAGGGGCUUAAUAUGCGUGCAAAACUGUGAUCCUCGUGCGCUAACGCCUACCUGCAGUCAAAAUUGUCAAGUGCCAUAUGUUUGUAAGUUGUAAAAUGAAAAUCGCAAAAAUGCAAAUGUCAUGUAAAAGCCCAGCUCUCUACCUCUACUAUUUGGGAUAUUCUUUCUAAAAACCUUUCCUAUACCUUUCUAUAGAUGCAAUAUUUUGAAACAAUAAAAAAGCUCAAUAAAACCGCA